AUGUCUGGCCGUGGCAAGAGCGGCGGUAAGGCCCGAGCUAAGGCCAAGUCUCGCUCGUCCCGGGCUGGGCUGCAGUUCCCGGUCGGGCGCGUUCACCGGCUGCUGCGGCGCGGGCACUACGCGGAGCGGGUGGGGGCCGGCGCGCCCGUUUACCUGGCCGCCGUGCUGGAGUACCUGACGGCCGAGAUCCUGGAGCUGGCGGGCAACGCGGCGCGUGACAACAAGAAGACGCGCAUCAUCCCUCGUCACCUGCAGCUGGCGGUGCGGAACGACGAGGAGCUCAACAAGCUGCUGGGCGGCGUCACGAUCGCGCAGGGCGGCGUUCUGCCCAACAUCCAGGCCGUGCUGCUGCCCAAAAAGACGGGCGGCGGCGGCGGCGCGGGGCCCGCCAAGGCGGGCAAGAAGGGCAGCGGGCAGCAGUCGCAGGAGUACUAGGCCGCCCGCCCGCCCGCCCUCCCUCCCUCCCUCCUCCCCCCCGCCCCUCCCCCGGCACCACACAAAGGCCCUUUUCAGGGCCACCCCCAUCGCUCACCGAGAGAGCUGCGAUCCGCUGGGGGGGAGGGGGCGCGUCGCCGGGCCCCGCGCGCUCGCGACGGGACGCGUGCCUGGCCGCUGGGCGGCGCCCGCGCGUGCCGGCAGCCGACCGGGGGAGAGGCGGGAAACGCCCCCGUCGAGACCGGGCCGCGGCUCCGCACAGACUUGGGCUCGCACUGCGGUGCUUAUCAUGUCACUGUAUUUCUCGUCUGUUACAUUCGGUGGACGUUGCAUAGAGAAUAAACGAUGCUCCGUUUCCAAAACGGGGCCCCGGC